UUUCUAUUAGUGUUAUCCGUGUAAGCGGUUUAAAAUUUUUAUUUUUACAUAAUUCUAGAAAUACUAGAGCGUAGUGUUCUUUGACCAUGUCAGUCAUUAAAUAUAUUGGUCGUACGACCGAUUUUAAAGGUAAACCUCUCUGGGAAAUUGUGGGGAACUUGAAAAAUUUCGGUGUCGGCAGAGUGGUUGUAAGAAGCAUGUUUGAACGAUAUCCGGAACCUAGUUACAUGCGAAUAGUUAAGGUACAGGCACUUCCAAAUGAGGACAUUCGUAAAGUAAGAGUUACGGUUGAAAAGACAUUUCGUGGUCGCACCUAUCCGAAGCUGGUAGUAAUCGAAAGCGUAUCCUACAAAGCCGAUUACCGAUUGUUACCUAAACAUGAAGAGGAAUCUUACUGUCGGACGGUCGAGCGACAAGAAGGUAUUGUUUCUCGUGAAAUUGAGUUGCCUCCGUUGUUGCGUGAAUUUGUUCACAAAGAAACAGGCAAAAUCAAUCCAAAGAUUCCGGUGAAAAUAAAACCGGGUCACAAUAACAUUUAUCGGCUGGCAAAAGAGGGAGAAACACCAACUAUAGAAAUUCCUAUGGGCUUGGGAAAACCGGCAAGUCCUAAUUUGUAUGUAAAUUGUGACAUUUAAGCUUAUAGAUUAGUGUAAUAUAUAGAUUGAAAGUAAAA